AUGCCAUCCCAAGCACUUAAUGCAGAUGAGGAUUUGCAGCUGUGGAAAGAGAUAGACGAUGCAUGCUCUGCCUACCUGUCCCCAGAUUCCCAGCCUCAGGUGUCCAGUACACUGGAAGAACUUUGUUUCUUGAUCUUGGGAUUUCUCCAGAAACCACAGGGCUUAGAUGAAAAAGACAACACCAAAAGGUUCUUAUUUCAUUAUUCUAAGACUCAUGACUCAGGCAACUCAGACAUCAUGUCUUCUGUCCUGCAUCCUUUACUGCAACUCGUUCCCCAGCUUAAUGAGAGAAGACUGAAGAGAUACAAACUAGACGAAGAACUUAACGGACCUGGAGGGUUUCAAAGCAGAGGAUACUUUUUCUACAGGCCACGCAAUGGAAGGAGAUCAGUGGAUUUUCGCUAA